UCAGAUUCAAGUAUAUAUGAGUACAUGUCCUUGUAUAGAAAUUUUAUAAUGUAAAGUUCUUUUUGUUGCAUUGUGUUAAGUCAUUGAAACUCUCAAGUUACUUCAAUAACUGUAUGUUGAUUAUAUCAUAUUUUCGUUUUUAAUUUUACAAUGUUUUAAGCAUAAAACUUUGCGUGAAUCAUAUUUUUCGAAUCAUUCUUAUAAUAAUAUAUAUUUGGGAUAUAAGCUAUCGGUAAAAAAGUGGAUGCUUAUUCUGGGAAGAUGCGGGUAUCUCUGUUAAAAGGCUUUCUUGUGCUGCUUGCUUUCAUUUCACUAGCCUUAUUCUUUGGAAUGGACUUUAAACCACAACAGAAAGAUUUACCACAGGCGCUCAACCUAGUGAACAUUAAGACAAACUCAGACGAAAAGAACAAACAAAAAGCUAUAAAGAUCAAACUGAAUAACAAUACAUCACCUAUGAAGGAUGUAUAUAAGGUGAGGAGGGAUCGGAUCACAAAGAUGUGUGCAGAGAACAGAUCUAAGUUUGUGGGCCGCAAAGGCGAUACUUUAUCACGUAUCAUCAUCGAUCGAAAACAACGACUAGCCUAUUGUGCCGUACAGAAGUCAGCGUCUACAUUCUGGAAACGGGUAUUUCGGAUUGUGAAUGGAGAAUCAAAUGCCAACUCUCCUUUCCUCCCGUCCGUAUCCGCCACUUUGACAACGUUUGAUUCUUUACGUCUUCUGCCUGAAAAUCAGCGUGCUGCUUUCACAGAGAAAGCAUUAUCUUUUAUGUUUGUCCGAGAACCAUUUGGCCGGUUAUUUUCCGGUUACGUUGACAAAUUAUUUUCACCUAAUGUCAUAUUUUGGAAAGCUUAUGGUGCGUUUGCGGUGUCGGUUGUCAGAAAGAAUCCGAGCAGAAUGGAUUUAAAGUGUGGUCAUGAUGUCACAUUCAGAGAGUUUGUUAAGACGGUUCUGUAUGACGAGAAUUACAAUAUCAGAAGGAAUGGACAUUUCACUCCCCAAUAUGAACAUUGUGAUAUAUGUCACUACAAGUAUGAUAUAAUAGGUAAACUAGAAAGCCUUUCGGAAGACACCUUUUAUCUAUUGGAUCGAAUGGGGAAAACAAGACUAAGGAAAUCGCUGGAAAAUGAUUUCCAUGGACAGACUCUGAAUGACACAAUUUAUGAUCAGGUGAAACUGCUAUUUUUGUUUCGGAACCGUUUCCGAGAGUGUGGGGUUUCAUUCUUUGAAGCGCAAAAACUAAUGUGGAAAAAGUUUCAAAUUAGAGGUAUUAUCAGUAAAAACUCCAAAUAUCCAACAACAAGAGAGAAAAGUGAGAGAAUGACCAGGGAAAUCCUUACAGAAUUAAUACACAAAGGAAUCGGAGAUGCACGUGACAAAAACGUAGCUAAACAGAACAAAAACGACGCUUUGUUAGAAGCGUUUUCCACGUUGGACAGAGAAGACAUGGAUAGAUUAAGUAAGAUGUUUGAACCAGACUGUGAGUUGUUUGACUACGACUGUCGACCUUCCAAACUCUUCGAUAUAAACAGUCCUAUAAAGCCCUGGUAUUUUGAUAUCAAUACCGCUUAAUAUAGUUCAUUUAUAUUCUGUAAGGGCAACAGCCUGGCUUUAUGUUUGGUAGGACAAUUACAUCGUUAUGUGUUUGGUAGGACAAUAACAUGGGUAUGUGUUGGGUUGGACAAUAAUAUGGUUAUGUGUUCGAUAGGACAAUAAUAUGGUUAUGUGUUUGUUAGGAGAAUAACUCGGUUAUGUGUUUGGUAGGACAAUAACAUGGUUAUAUGUUUGUUAGGACAAUAACAUGGUUAUAUGUUUGUUAGGACAAUAACAUGGUUAUGUGUUCGAUAGGACAAUAAUAUGGUUAUGUGUUUGUUAGGAGAAUAAAUCGGUUAUGUGUUUGGUAGGACAAUAACAUGGUUAUAUGUUUGUUAGGACAAUAACAUGGUAAUAUGUUUGUUAGGACAAUAACAUGGUUAUAUGUUUGUUAGGACAAUAACAUGGUUAUAUGUUUGUUAGGACAAUAACAUGGUUAUGUGUUUGUUAGGACAAACUGGGCUUAGAAAUAAAUUCUUCAAGACCAGAUAUCAUGGAUUUUCAGCAAACAAAAAAAACUUAAAAUAGGGAAGUACAUGCUUCACUUCAUUAGGGAUAGAUUAUGAUGGCAAUAAAGUCUUUAAUAUCGGUUUGGAAUAAAAGAAUACUUACACAAUAGGUUAAAUAAAAGCUUCUUUUAAUAUCUCCGUUAAGCCAUUUAUUUAUAUUGCUUCCUACAAAAUAUUGAAGAGUACAAUUGUAGUAAGUGCGGGUGAAUAUAGAAAAACUCUGCUAAUACUGUCACCUAGUGAUGGACAAAGACAGUUAUUAAUUGUUGAUUAGCCAUGGAUUCACCAAGGAUGAGACGGCCUGGAAACAAAUACUCAAUUAUAGAUUUAGAGCUCCGAUAACGUAUACGCUAAAAAAAAUGGAAGGCAGUUAAGCGUUUAACCUAACCUUUGAAUGGAAAACGCCAAUACAAGAAGUUUUUUUCGCGGAUCAGGCAGACAUCUUUUUAAAUUUGCUGAAUCGCUAGCAUACCCUUUUAAAAACUUAUAAACAACGACGUUAUUUUUGAACUCUCACCCUCUACCUCCUUGUUUACAAUUUGCUAUAAGUUUAUUAAAGUAAUAUAUUACCUGUAUAUAUUUUGUGUUUCUAUAAUCAAUCAAUAUAUUUGAUCACUUUAUUUAUAAAUGUAUUGUCAACCUCUGUGAGGGUGGCUAUCAAUAUAUUACAUGUGAUUUUUUUAUGUUAUGUUAUUAUAUAAUCAAUCAAUAUAUUUGAUCACUUAAUUAAUUAAUGUUUUGUCACCCUCUGUGAGGGUGGCUAUCAAUAUAUUACAUGUGAUUUUUUUAUGUUAUGUUAUUAUAUAAUCAAUCAAUAUAUUUGAUCACUUAAUUAAUUAAUGUUUUGUCACCCUCUGUGAGGGUGGCUCCCAAUAUAUUACAUGUGAUUUUUUUAUGUUAUGUUAUUAUAUAAUCAAUCAAUAUAUUUGAUCACUUAAUUAAUUAAUGUUUUGUCACCCUCUGUGAGGGUGGCCAAUAAUGUAUUAUAUGUAUUUUAUAUGUUUUGUUCUUCUAUAAUCAAUCAGUAUUUGAUCAUUUAAUUAAUAAAUGUUGUGUCACCCUCUGUGAGGGUGGCCUUAUAGUGGUUGAAAGUCAGUGUAUAGGUACAUAAACAAUACAUUUGUACAAUUUUCUAUUUAAAAGUAAAUCAAGUAAAAGGAGAUAAAGUUAUAACAUCUUAUGAAGAAGGAACCUUAAAAUAAGAAAUUCAGACAGAUGUAUAAUAAAUUUGGAAAUUGUUGUCUCAUUGUGUCGAAAUGUUAUUUUAUAAACAACAAUUAGCAAAUAUUAGAAAAACAAUAAUGCAUGGUACAAAAAUUGGGUAUAUUUGAUCUAUUACAUUGUUUGUUUAUAAAGAUAGGUCUUAUAAAUGUUUGAUUGAAGACUUUGAUGCAAAUUUCAACAUUGAUACUAAUUAUUCAAGUUUUCAAAGUCUAAUAAAUGCUAUAUAUACCUACUCCUAAUAUAUGGGCUAAUAUAUCUUUUCUAUUAAUACUAACCAGAUGCAGACGCCUGUGAUAAUAUACAUCAUAUCAAUGAUGUGUAGAUGUUAGCUGAUUAUAUUGCUAAUCAUAUGUAGAAAGUUACCUUUUGGCCAAAAAUUUUCAUAUAAACUUUUAUGAGUUUAUUCGUUCAUUUCCAACCAUUCAAGUUGUAAUAUAACAUCUGAUAUGCAAAAACUGAAAGGAAACGCGCCCAACCAUUUAGAUUAGAUUGUAAUAUCAAAAAUAUAACAUGAUAGAACAUGAUAGAAAGUUCAUGUGUAAGGGAAAAUAUCACCCAUUAUCGAUUGCAUGGUGAAAGAAUCCGAAACACGAAAAAAAAACAAAAACUAAAUAAAAUAAAAAAUACGGUGACACCGACAAAUACUUAGAGAAUUAGGAGGUUGUUCUGGGAGGGUAAGUGUCUUCUAUAUCAAUUAUGUCAAUCUAAAGAUAUUCUGAAAACGCCACAUCAAUGGGGUAGUGACGUCAGAAUCACCAGGCUAAUUGAUGCUACCAUUCUGAUGCUGAUUUCGUUUAUUUGUUUAUCUAUUUAUCUAUUCAUUAAUAGUAGACAGUUUCACUUUUAAGGAUGAAUCCUAUAUCAACAUAAUAGCCGAGUAAUCUAAAAGUAACUCGAAGAUCAGGCUAAAACGAUGAAAAAGUUAUCUACUUUAUCAAGAUUAAAACAUCUUUUCACA